AUGCCACCCGUCGCGACUACCAACCGCCUCGGCGCCGACUACUUGAGAGACCAGCCACCCACCACCCCCUUUUGGUCUGCCGCCCCCGGUGGUCUCUCCAUCUUCGUCGCCGUCGUCGUCCUGCGACUCUGCAUCCGCCGAUUCCAGAGAAAGAGGAAGAGCAGGACGCCGUCCAGACCCCAGGCGCCCUCCCUCGUUGCUGCUGCUGCGGCUGCUGCUCCCAGGCACUUGCAGCACACCUGCCCUCACCAGCAGCUUCAUGCUCCGCUGUCCGGGACCAUGAACGAAAAAGAGUCUGAUGACCAGCUGCCGCCCGUCCCCGGCACUCCGCGGCGCAACACCGGAGGACCAGGCGCCGGAGACGGCAUGCUCCGACAACUCAUCGCUCGGCCGCCUCCCGCUCCGCCCUUGACGCCCCCGGAGCUGAGCUCCACAGUCUUCGCGUUCGAGAACCGGCCUCACAGUCCCAGUCGGGACAGCCUCAUCCACCAACCCAAUCCAGACUACAUCUCGCUGUCUGCCUCGGGCCCGGCAUGUUCCCCCGACGCCACCGCAGCGUCGGCCCAGCCAAAAAGGCUGUCCUACUCAAGGACCAUCCCCAUCGGUGUCCCCAUCACCCGGCAGUCGUCUGCGUCAGAGUCGGACACCUACUUCUCCCCAAGCUCCUAUCCACCCUCCAGCCCGCUCCUGCCCCCGGCGCCUCCCACCGGCAUGACAGCGCGCCUGGACACCGACGAGCCUAGCCCGGCACGAACGCGCGACAUUGAGCUGCGCGGCGAGAUUGUGGGCAUCCUCGACGGUCAGGGCGUCGGCUGGACACGGCACACGCGUGUGUACGGCGGAGGACCAUGCAUGGCCUGCGCCGCGGCCGGCAGGGCCCACGGUGACGGCGGCUUCUACGGUCCCAAUGUGAUGCCCGAGGAGAUGCGCUAG